AUGGAGCAUCAGGCAAUUCUAAUUAAGUUUGAAAAACGGUCAAGAAUUUUCGGGUUUCAAAACGGCGUGUGCCGCGCCGUUACAAAGCCGUGUGCGAGUCCGGCUACUAUAAAAGCGGCGGAACUCGUUUUCGCUCACGGCCGCAUUCGCACACUCGCUGCUUUCACUAGGGCUUCAUGGGGAAGGGCCAGCGACCGGAGGAAUAACUCGACGGGCACCUCCGAUCCCUUUCGUAGCCAAUGGAGGACAACACUAAUAUACAUUAGACGAGCAAGGGAAAGAAGAAAGCUCUUACUGUCAACAAGGAUAGAUUCAUCAGUAAAAUGUUUCUUGGAGAGGACUCUGUCAUCAUUGUGCUCAGAAAUCCCAAGUGUGAGUGGAACCUCACUUGAAGCAAGCAAAAUGGAGGAGAAAGGGGUAGUUGAUGCCACCAUUUUGAUAUGGUCAGCAGGUGUGGGUGGAACCUCACUUGAAGCAAGCAAAAUGAAGGAGACAGGGGUAGUUGAUACCACCGUGCACCUCAAAUAUGAGUGUUUAAUCUCCCACCAACCAACCACCCCCCCUCCCACAAACGACUGCCCUCAAGUUGACAGUCAAAGAGUGUUGAUGGAUGCAAGAAAUAUAAUGUAA